AUGGAUGCCGAUGUCGAUGCGAUCAAAAUCGAUGAUAACGAUGACAACGCUGCUGGUACAUUCAGCAUCGCCAAUGACUGUCAAAGUGAGGACGAUGACGCCCUCACCGGUGAAAACAACGUUCUUUCAGGAGUGCACACGAAGCGCACUGCUGUUGACAAGGAUAAAUCAGCAGAGGAAAUUUUGCUGACUCGCGAAGUGGUUGUCCGCUUCGUCUAA